AUGCGAAAGAAAACAAGUAGCAGCAGCAGCAGCAGCAGCAACAGCAGCAGCAGCAGCAGGAACAGAAGACGUAGCAUUUGCUGCGGUGCAGCAGCUGCUACUGCAGCUGCUGCAGCAGCUGAAGCAUCAGAAGCAUCAACACCAACAGCAGCAGCAACAGCAGCAACACCGCGAACAGCCACAGCAGCAGCAGCAGCAGCAGCAAUAGCAGCAAUAGCAGCAGCAGCAGCAGCAGCAGCAGCAGCAGCAGCAGCAGAAUGCGGGGAUGGUGUGUUGCUCGUGCUGCAAGUGUCACCCCUGUAG